AUGGCGCUGCCUGCGGAACAGCAAGCAGAACUGCAACACCAGCUCCAACGAGCCAUCGUGGCAUGCAACGAGCGAUGCCUUUACUUUGCCGCCAAGUGGACUGCAGAGCUGCUGAACUCGUUUGCCGACGCAGAAGACUUCUCGGCAGAUACAUCCGACACCGAAGCAGACGACGACGACGACGACGACGACGACGAGGCAGAAGUUCCGCCGACCAACCAUGACCGGAAGGAAGCAAGGCUGGAAAAGAAAGAAGUGCCACGCUACCUGAUGGCCAAGUCCUUCUUCGACUGUCGAGAGUUUGAUCGCUGUGCUGCUGUCUUCCUGCCAAACCAACUUCCUCACAGUACACCCAACUCGACACUCCUUUCACCACUAAGCGACAAUCCAAAGUCAACCCCAGGCAAACAGAGGCAGCGACCGACGUCAUCGCCUUGGUCCGCAAAGCCUCUCAGACCGAAGUCUGCGCCUCUUCCGAAGAACCUCAGUCAGAGGUCAUUGUUCCUGGCGCUUUACGCACGCUACCUUGCUGGCGAAAAGCGUAAAAACGAAGCCUCUGAGACUAUCCUUGGGCCUCACGAUGGACCAGCUCUAGUCAACAAGGAGGUUCUUGGCAUCUCAACUGUCUUGGAAGAGUACUUCAACUCGAAAGGCGGCCUCGGGAAUAUGAGCAGCUCGCAAGGAUGGCUGGACUACCUUUACGGCAUCAUACUGACCAAGCUGAAGUCGGAGUCACUCGCCAGACAAUGGCUCCUGCGGAGUGUAAACAUCAACCCAUACAACUGGGCAGCGUGGCUGGAGCUCGCAUCUCUGGUCGAGUCACCUGAACAUCUCCAACAAGUCAACCAGCACCUACCGCAGAAUAUCAUGACCUUCUUCUUUCAUGUGCACUGCAACCAGGAGCUAUUUCAGCAGGAGAAAGCUGUCUAUGAUGUUCUUGCUCAGAUGCAAAGUAUCUUCCCUCGCUCGGCUUUCCUUCAGCAGCAGAAGGCGCUACUUUUGUACCACGCUCGUCACCAGGAGGAAGCAAUGGACAUAUUCGACAACCUGAUACGCAAUCACCCUCAUCGACUCGAUGGUAUGGAGAUCUACAGCAAUAUGCUAUAUGUCCUCCAGAAUCGGCCCAAGCUAGCGACACUAGCAGCGAUGGCAAGCGAGACAGACAAGUUCCGACCGGAGACAAACUGCAUCUUGGGCAACUACUACAGUCUCAUAGCGGAACACGAGAAGGCUGUCCUACACUUCCGUCGCGCUCUGCAGCUUGAUCGAAACUGCCAGACAGCCUGGACUCUGAUGGGGCACGAAUACAUCGAGCUCAAAAACACCCAAGCAGCCAUCGAGUCGUACCGCCGCGCGGUCGACACUAACCGCAAGGACUAUCGAGCGUGGUAUGGUCUUGGGCAAGGAUACGAAAUGCUUGAAUGUCACAGCUACAGUUUGUUCUACUACAAGCGAGCCGCUGCAUUGUGUGCGGCCGAUCCGAAGAUGUGGGCAGCAGUCGGCAAUGCGUACAGUAAAUGCGGCAAGAUCGUCAACGCAAUUCAAGCCUUCAAGCGUGCCCUCAUCGUGGGCAGUCAGAUCGACGUAGGAGCCAGCUUUGGCACAUCGACAUCAGAUCCACUCGCGCACGCAGUGGGAGGCGCCUUGGAUCCGCGGGUGCUGUACGACAUUGCUUUGCUGUAUGAGAAGGAGAGCAACUACGAUGAAGCUUCAGCAUACAUGGAGCUGACUCUCGCACAAGAGGACGGCGCAGAAGAAGGUGAAGAGGGCAUUGGAGUCACGCAGAUCACGAGUCGCGCCCGUUUGUGGCUCGCGAGAUGGUGUCAUGCUCAGAGCGAUUGGCAGCGCACGAUGCAGCUCGCUAAUGAGCUGAUACAAGAUAGCGUGGAAGUGGAAGAAGCAAAGAGCUUGGUGAAUGAAGUGCGUAGCAGACUUGCUCUGGCCGCACAGGAGGAGUCUCAGUUGCUGGGUUGA